AUGGUGCGUGGUCUGUCGCAGUGGACGAAAACCUUGAGCUUCCCCGCGAGGGUGUCCCCACAGAGGCCUACCAAGGAGUCCAAAGGGUUUCAUGUGAGCCCCAGUGCUAGCCCCACGUCGCCACCCAGCCCGAUCAUCGACAACAUGGAUAAGGCGCCGAUUAUUACCGACGAGAAUUUCCAGGACUUGGAAGCUGAAAAGGCAAUAAUGGGCUCCAUUGUAUACUGCAUCCAUCACAAGGACGGGUGCAAGUGGUCGGACGAACUUAGAAAGUUGAAGGCUCACCUAAAUACCUGCAAACACGAUGCGGUGCCGUGCAGCAACAAGUGCGGCGCAAUGAUCCCGCGUGUACUCAUGGAGGACCAUUUGAAGUACACUUGCGCCCAGCGACGAGCACGCUGCGACUUCUGUGCCAAAGAAUUCACCGGUCACACGCUCGAGAAACACACGGGCACGUGUGGCUACGAGCCCCUCUACUGUGAGAACAAAUGCGGCAUGAAGGUGCAGAGAAGGCACCUCAGCCAGCACAAGUUGGGCGAAUGCGCGAAAAGACUGGUGGCCUGUCGCUAUUGCAAUAAAGAGUUUGUUUUCGACACGCUUGGCGCCCACCAUGCUAAAUGUGGCCGUUUCCCAGUCGCCUGUCCGCAUCGUUGUGAAACCGCAGUGUUACCAAGGGAGGAUUUGGAGGUUCACUUGAAAGACCAUUGCACCACCCAUCUUCUGUCCUGCUCGUUUAAGGAUGCCGGCUGUCGUUUCAAGGGCAAUAGGUUCUCGUUGGAUAAACACUUGGAAGAGUCAGCGAAGAUGCACCUGAGCCUCAUGUGCAGCGUGGUAACGAAACAGCAACAUCAAAUAACCAGCCUCAAAUCGGCUAUCAGCAAGUUGUCAUUAAAUUACACUGGCACGCUAAUAUGGAAGAUCACAGACUAUAGUGCCAAAAUGUCUGAGGCGAAGGCUAAAGAAGGCAUGGAGUUGGUCAGCCCUCCUUUCUACACUAGUCAAUAUGGUUACAAGCUCCAAGCAUCGGUUUUCUUAAACGGAAAUGGAACCGGCGAGGGAAGUCACAUUUCCAUAUACAUAAAGAUCCUUCCCGGGGAGUACGAUGCUCUGUUGCGGUGGCCAUUCUCUCACAGUGUAUCUUUCACGAUAUUCGACCAGACAGUGGUCGCGGAGAAGGCGUGCAAUAUUGUUGAAAGUUUUAUACCCGAUCCAACAUGGAAGAACUUCCAAAGGCCCAGCCGCGAGCCUGACUCUCUCGGUUUCGGCUUUCCCCGAUUCGUUUCCCACGAGAUGGUGAAAAAACGGCACUUCGUCAAAGACAACACUAUGUUCAUCCGAGUGAAAGUCGAUCCUAGCAAAAUCGUAGCCGUUUAAGCAUAACUCGUUAGCGCGUUACCUUAGCACUAACUCGACUACUAUCGUUCUACGUAGCACACACUGAUAUCGUUUCACGUAAAUAGUUCGAUGCGGUUGUUGCGCAUUUCUUAUGUUACACGUAAUGACAGUCCAGUAAAUGUCUCACGAUUAUUGUAUUUAUUUUGCAUCGGCCGUGUACUUGGUGUGAUAGUGCGGAGUACUUUACAUACAGGGCACAUGGUACUUACGUUGUAUACCAUAGUAAUAUUUAUUCAGGGUAUCUCUGAAAGUUUUAGAGACAAUAGUGCGGCGGUAUCUCUGGAUUUGUACGGAUCGCUCAAUCAUGUCCUGUUUGAAUUCGCUAUCGGUGAGAAGACCAUCGGUGCAUCGAUGAUACAAGAUGAUACAGACCUUCGUUCGUGAACCGAUACAAUCCCCGAGUCUUCAAACACGUACAUCACUGCCUCGAAAGCGUGUACAAUUUUGGAGGUAUCGCCGUAAUGUCCAUGGACAAGAUCUUUCAUUGGGAACUACAUAUAAAUGUUCAUACCGCGCUUUUCACGAUUUGUAUAAAUUUUUAAUUAUUCCGACUUAUAACUCCUAAUUGUACCAUAAACUCGAUAUUUCUGUUGCGUCACUGUUCCCAACGGUUUCAAUCAUUUGAAACCGUGAUCUUCAAUGUUCUAAGAGUUCACCGACAGAGCAACGUGUUUUGUUCACCGAAAGGGUCUACUUUUAAGAAUUCAAAUCAAAGAUUAUUAAAGGACUGUGUACUAUAAGCUUAGGGAAUGUAAAUAUUGUGAAAAAAAGAAGAGACACGGAGCAAGCGAGCAAUUUGUCCACACGACAGAUUUACUAAUGUAAAUACGCAUUUACUACAUGUUAGUGAUAAUGAGAAAUUGUGAUUGAGAUGCUAGUGACUGUAUGUAAUGAUUUAAGAUUAAGAAAUAAUAAAACUAUUAUAUCAUGUUCGUAUAUUAUACAUAUAUUAUGAAAGUAA